CGCACUGAACGCACAUGUUUGAGAAUUGCUAUGUUGACAUUAGUCUGUCGUACAUGAUUCGAUCGUUUACAAAGUUAACAAAUUUACAAUAAUAUUCUAAAAUUUAUAAAUUUCUGAAACCAAUAUUGAUUUAGUCAUCAUGAAUAAUGUUAAUACAGACAAUUAUCAACCAUGUCCUAACCUCACAAGCACAUUCAAAACUCCUAGAGUUUAUUGGUAUCAAAACGAUUGUGCAAUUUUCAUUCGUAUUAUGCUAGUUGACGUUGAAAAAUAUUACCUGAAAGUGGACUGCGAUAGUUUAAUAUUUAGGACUUCAUGCAAUGAUCAAAAAUAUUUUUGGGGAAUAAACUUAUGUGGAACAGUGAUUGCGGAAAAAACUAGUCAUAAAAAUGUUGGCAGAGAAAUUAAAAUAUGUUUAAUCAAAGCUCAUAAGUGGAAUGAUUGGCCACGACUGCAAAUGAAUAUGGAAAAAAAUCAAUUUAUUCUUAGAGAUCCUGACCAUAUUGUUAAAAAGAGCUGGGAUAAUCCUUACGCAAAUGCGGGUGAGAGAGAAAGUUUUGCAGAAUAUAAGAAACGCAUGAAUAUCACAAAUAUUGGUCCACCAGAAUCAUCUGAUUCUGGUUCAGAAUCAGACGAUGAAAAACUCAUGGGACAUGAUUUGAAUGAUUUUUGAACAAAUUUUUGAGUAACGAUAUUAGUUUCUUAAAGUAUAUUUACUCGUUAUACUUUUUACUUGAAAUAAUGAAAAUAACUUAUUUGAUUAUGAUGUCAAAAAAUAUUAAUAUUAGUAUAAAGUAAGAAGCCUUUGUUCUUAGUUUUAUUUGGCUGUGUAUUUUUCAUGAUGCAUAAAAAUAUUUUUGUAUUUUGUACUUUUGUAUAAAUAAGCAUAUCAUGUUAAAAUAACUGAUUUUUGUUAUUACCAUUUGUACAAAUUUAUUUUUUAAUUUAAGGAAAAAUAUGAUUUAUAAGAAAAUUGAACAAUGUCAUUAAAAAAUUUAUAAUUAGAUACAACCAAACUUUUUUCCACAUUAUUACACAUAGUUACACAUUUACUAGAACUGCAUUGUAGAAAAAAAUUGAAUGUAAUUAAAUGAAUACUUGUCGAUUAUUCUUUUUGAAAAAAGUAAUAAAGUGACUUAUGGCAAACUA